AUGUUGGAAGCAGUUGGAAAUUACGGUCUUCAUUUGAAACCUCCAAGCUAUCAUGAGUUAAGGGUUCCACUCCUUGAAAAAGAGUUGGAAUAUACAAAGGCUUUGUUGAAUGGUCAUCAAUUGCAUCACGCAAAAUACGGAUGCUCAAUUAUGUCAGAUGGUUGGACGGACAGAAAGAAUAUGACUUUGAUAAAUUUCUUGGUGAAUUCCACAGCAGGAACAAUGUUUGUGAAGAGUAUUGAUGCUUCUUCCUACAUGAAGACUGGAAUUAAAAUAUUUGAGCUAUUGGACAAUUUUGUUGAGGAGAUUGGUGAGCAAAAUAUUGUGCAGGUGGUUACUGACAAUGGAAGUAAUUAUGUAUUGGCUGGUACACUACUAACUGCCAAGAGACCACACUUGUUUUGGACUCCGUGUGCUGCACAUUGUCUAGACCUGAUGUUAGAAGAUAUUGGAAAGAUUGCUAAGGUUAAAAUGGUUAUUCAAAAAGGGAUUAGUCUCGUUGGCUUCAUUUAUAACCACACAUUGGCGUUGAACAUAAUGAGGAAGAACACUGACAAUGUUGAAUUGAUUCAUUCCAAGAAGAGAAGUAGACUUGAGCAUAAGAGGUUGGAAGACUUACUUUUCGUUAAGUAUAAUCAGGCUUUGAAAGAGCGAUAUGAUUGUCGUGAUGUGAUUGAUCCAAUCAUCUUGAAUGAUUAUGAUGAUUAUAUCAAUGAAUUUGAAGUGGGAGACUUGGGGGAUGAUGAUAAACCUGUUGAAGAAUUAGUUUAUGCUGGUGAUAAUCUAACUUGGACUGAUGUUGCCAAUGCAAGUGGGGCUAAUGAGCCGGUGGUCUACACUAGGCGGGCAGCAAAAGAAAAGGCAGCUGCAAGUGUAUCUAGGGCAAUAACACAAGAAGCAAUAUCAAAGGAAGUGGUGGUAGAAGAAGAUGUUAAAGAAGUUGAACCUAUUUAUAGGUCAUCCCGGUAUCCCGCAGCCCGCUAUCUCGCUAUCCCGGUUUCCAGGGUUGGCCGCGACGCACCGCUAUCUGAAAUUAACUACCUAGCAUUCAAUGAUGAUGUGACAAUUUUGUGUCACAUUGCACCAACAUAA